GUGUUUAUAAUGAAACACUAGUGACAGCCACAGGGCGGUGGUAGGAGGCGGCGGUGUUUCCGUCGUGUCUCCGGAGCAUCACUCGCUGCUAACGUCCCCUUUAAGAAAGCAGCGCCGAACACUGACGAUAUUUCCUCGGCCCUGCUCCCAUAUCUAUGCUGCUCCCUGCCCGCUUCUGCAAAAUCAACAAGAGACUAAAGCAAGCUAGUAUCUGCAAGCCCCGGGCCAACGCUGCUGGUCAGGGCAGCUCUCCCCAGACAGGAGGGAGGACGCAACUGGUAUUUUUUCUCUCUCUCACUCUCUGUUCGCCUGCUUGGCCGCCAAACACUCAGCAGGAGACGACAUUUAGUCGGGGGACAGAAACAAGCGGAUAUUGUUGGGAUGGAUGGACCAAGUGAGCAGUUUUGGCCGUGAGACUGGCGCUAAUGUGGACGUCCUGAGCAGCAGGUGUACUGAAGGAUAAAACAGACUAAAGGCAAUCUCAGUGUUCAUGAAACUUUGCUACGAUUUACGCGCUGGGGUUGCCGUCCGCCAUGUUAAGGUAAAGCCCAGGUGCGCGGUGUUGACCAUGCUAAAGCGCCUGGACAAGAUCCGCUUCCGAGGCCCCAGGACGAGAGACGACUUCCCGGAUCUGGCCGAGUCGCCGCCCGCCUCUGACAACGAAUGUAGCGACGACAUGCAGCUGAAGCCCAGAUCAGCUCUGCGAGACACGGAGGAGAUCCUGCGAGACCCUGCAGGUUCAGGGUCUCCCACCAUGGCUGCAGCCAUCCAGGACUUCCAGAGGUCGGAGUCAGAGCGACUCAAUGAAGUCAAAGGUCACCUGGAAAUUGCCUUAUUGGAGAAACAUUUCCUACAGGAGGAGCUGAGGAAGCUGCGGGAAGAGACCAACGUGGACUCUCUGCGGCAGGAGCUGGAGAGAGAGCGAAGCAAGAGGAUAGACCUGGAGCAGAAGAUGAAUGACGUGCUCAAGACCAGGCUGGAGGACUCUCCGCCACAGCCUCCCCGGAAACAGCAGUCUCCCUCAAACAAUGGAACAGCAGAUAAACAGCAGAAGGAGGUCUGGAGUUCGCGGCUGCAGAAGUGGGUGUACGAGCGAUUCGGGGUUUACAUUGAAGACUUCCGCUUCCAGCCGGAGGAAAGCACCGUGGAGGCAGAGGAACCGCUAAGUGCUAAAAGGUUAACAGAAAAUAUGAGGCGACUCAAGCGAGGAGCCAGACCUGUCACCAACUUCUUAAGGAACCUCUCCGCCUUAUCUAAUUGGCACUCCGUCUACACCUCAGCUAUUGCCUUCAUUAUCUACAUGAAUGCUGCUUGGCAUGGCUGGGCCAUUCCCAUGUUACUCUUCCUGGCUAUCCUGCGCUUGUCCUUAAAUUACCUCAUCGCCAGAGGUUGGAGGAUCCAGUGGAGCAUUGUGCCUGAGGUCUCUGAACCUAUGGAGCCUCCAAAGGAAGACUUGACUGUAUCGGAGAAGUUCCAGCUUGUACUUGAUGUCGCACAAAAAGCACAGAACCUGUUUGGGAAGAUGGCGGAUGUAUUGGAGAAGAUAAAGAACCUGUUCAUGUGGGUGCAGCCGGAGAGCACCCGGAAACUUUACAUCUGCAUGUGGGUGGCGUUCAUCACCUCCUGCGUCCUACCAUACAAACUAAUGGGCUUCAUGAUGGGCCUGUACGCCGGUAUCAAGUUCUUCAUCAUAGACUUCCUGUUCAAGAGCUGUCCGAAGCUGCGGGACAAGUACGACACGCCCUACAUCGUGUGGAACAGUCUUCCCACAGACCCUCAGCUCAAAGAGAGGACCAACGCCACUGUGUCGCGGCGGCUCUCUGGCAUUGAGAAGGUUCAGCCGGUGGUUUCUCGAAGCAGCCUCGCCACCAUCCCAAGUGGGGUGAGCAGAGAGGAGGAGACAGGUCGCUCCCACAGCACCAAGAAGGGAGCCUUUCAUGAGAUCUUCAACCUGCCGGAGUUAGAGCGCCCUCUGGCGGUGUGUGAGAACGGCUGGAGGUGCUGCCUAAUAAACAGAGACAGGAAGAUGCCCACAGACUACAUCAGGAACGGGAUGCUCUACGUCACAGAGAAUUACCUGUGCUUUGAGAGCUCCAGCUCCAGAUCCAGCUCCUCCAAGAAGAACAAAGUUAUCAAGCUGGUGGACAUCACUGACAUACAAAAGUACAAAGUGCUGUCGGUCCUACCAGGAAGUGGGAUGGGCAUCUCUAUAGCUACUCCUUCCACUCAGAAGCCAUUGGUGUUCGGUGCCAUGAUCCACCGAGACGAGGCUUUUGAGGCCAUCUUUACCCAGUACAUGAAGAUGAUGACCACCACCAAACCACCGGCCAGCGCAGAGCUCUAGACCGCCCGUAUCCCAGAAACAGACCUCCAUACUGGGACUCCAGUCUGGGGCAGAGAGCCUCCUGAGAUUCAACUGGAAGAUACUUUAAAAAACCCACCACACUCCUCUGCUCUGUGAGAGCCUCUUCCUCCUCUUGUGACGGGCAUCAGCUUCCUCAUCGAUGGUCAUCUGCCAUUGGUGGAUUUCCUAUUUAGGCCACGUUAGAGGGGACGUGUGAGUGUGUCGGCUACUUAGCGACAUCACACACUCUUUGUGGGUGUUGGGUGAUGAACAAAAUCCGCCAACUGGUCGUGAGGAGGAGUGAGGAUCGGUGUGGUUUUUAUCAAUCAGCAGAAGGCCGGCGAGGGGGCUGGUACUCCUCUCCCACCUGACUGACCAACUGACUGCUUUCCUGACUUACUUGUUUCUGUGUUUGCAUGUGUGAGUGGGUGCGUGGGCAGAAAUUCUGGUCUUAAAUUGCGUAAGUAAGUGGCUCUAUUUUUCCUCUUUAUUAGCGAGUCAGUGGAGUGACUUCUGCUGUGGUAGGAGGAUUUUGAAGUAAUGCUCGACCUGGCUGUCAAAUGAAUAUCACAAAGCAACUAGAAGAUAAACAAAAGGUUCUUUUAACUGCCAGACACCUGUAGGGACAAAUGUGUAAAUUUCAGCUUUAUGAAUCAGUGCAAAAACAACCGUUGAUGUUGAAAUGUUUAGACAUUUAACUGGCUGAUCGGUGCCUCGUUGCGUAGCCCAACAAAAAUAUAUGAGUGUGUGAGAUUUUUUUUAUAUGUAUUAGCUGUGAAAAUGUCAGAUUUGACUGACACAGAGCCUUUCUGUUAGUUUACAUUGCUGCUGUCUAAUUCCUUGAUUCUUUUUUUUCUUCCUCCUCCUCUUUCUAGAAGCAGCGACGGUAUGUUUUAGUCUUCGUUGUCGAUCUAACAGAAAAUGUACGCUGCGUUCAGCAUCCGCUUCGUAAGUGUUUGUAAGUGUGCGUAUGUGAAACGUGUAGUGAUUUCUUUUUCUUUUUCAAAAAUGCCUUUCUUUUGAAAAAUGUCUCUUUGUAACAAACAGCCUUUGGGAUAAGUAACUGGUGGUCCUGGAGCUGCUGAUUGCGUCCAAGACGAGAGCACAACCACUGUUAGAUGGUUCAAACACUGACUGCCAUUUAGAGCUAGGAACCAACGGAGGGCUCAGCCUCCCGCGUCUUAGCUUCUCUUUUCCAGGCACUAUCUGUACAUAAAUAGAGAGAUUUUCCUUUCUUCCAUCAAUGGUAUUCUCCCUGCACUUUAUUAGAACGUUAACUGGACUUUCUGACAUCUACAUUGCAAAUUAGACUUCCAAUCCAUGGUCAGUGUUUGGCAAAUAGUCUCAAAGCUACCACAUAUGUCCUAGGGUUUCUCUUUUCGUCCGAUUACGUGAGUGCAGGUCACGUCCUGCUGGUCUCAGCGCAGCACAAAUGUAGUCCGAGCACUUUGUAUUAACACCAGAUUGAUGUCUGCCACAGUGAGCCAGACGGGCUUCAACUGACCAUAAAAGAAAAAAGGUACUGCGACUUGAAAAUGAAACAGGUGGCAGAUUAAUUUCCACACAGUCCACUUACACAUCGUUGAUGUCUGACAGCUUUUGAAUUAUAAAUCUGAACCUGAUCGGCCAGAAAUAUUCAAUAAACACGUCUCUUGCACUGUUAAAGGUCAAAUGAGCAGUGAUGUAAUUAGCAGUGAUUCUGGAUUUAUUUCUGAAAGUUUUAAAAAGGACAACCAGGACUAUGUGCGUUAUCCCUGAUGGCAAAGUAGGGAAAAUACAUCUGGUGAUCCAUUUUCUAAGUCCAAUCUAAAUUGUUUUCUCUCUAUUUAAGUAACUUAAGAACAGCUGGUAGAAGUUUUUACCUGGUUAAUCUUCCUCUAACUUCCUUAAAAAAUGUAAUCCAUAAAACGGUUGGGGGAAAAAAGUGAUGCCAGGUGGAAAUUCAGGGGGAAGAAAGAUCAUAUUUUGUGAAAAAGUUUUUUUAAAAGUAGUUUUUUUGGUCAGGGUCAUUUAAAGAAACUUUUGCCAUUUUUCAUAUUUUUUAAUUUUUCUUUCCAUCUCUGUAAAUAAGUUUUGGGAGGAGAUUUUUGUUAUCAGGAUAAUUUUUCUCAGUGUUUGUUGUUGUAAUACUCAUUUCAGCAACUAGAAGCUAAAGUGCACCAACUAGCCCAUGUUGCAAUUAAACUAAGCAUUCAACAACAAAUAAUCCCCUUCCAAAACUUUUUUUCACUGAUAAAAUUUCAUAAAUUGUGAAAAUAAUGUAGAUCAGAUUCAGAAAAUUGAUCACCAGAAGUUUUUUUUUUGUAACUUGCCUCUCAGGACUCUGUAACUCUGAGCUUUGAAGACAUGCUUGAUUAGUUUCUAUAAUAUUUGCUUAUUUUCUCACUAACCUGUAAUGCCACAGUGAGUAGAGAUCAUCUGGGUGCUCUUCCACUUGUUCCUGAUCAUCUAAAUGUAAGCUUUUUGUAAACAGUAGUAUAUAUGGAAAAAGGUCUAGACUGAACAGAAUAUUUUAGCGUCACUUUAUUUUAAAGACGCCGUUCGGGAGAAUAAAGCCGGUCUUUACUCUCGCAGAACGGUCUGAUAUGUAGAACUACGAUGCCAAACUACCGUGUUUUGUUUCGAGGAAUGGAGAUAUGGAGGAUAUGGGACAGGAGGUCAUGAUUUCUCUUCACAUUGUAGUAAGAGAGGCAGUAGAGUAGCUAUUCCACCGUCCCUACUCCUACUAACUGUACGCCCAGCAGCACAAGCUUUAGUUUCUAACGUGUAAAUCUUACAAAACACUGUUAAAAAGGGAGACCUUGACAUUUACAUUUACUUUAAUUCCCGUAAUUUUUACACUGGACACACUGGACAAAUUCUUUCUAAUUUAACAAACCUGAAUCACACUUUGAGAAACCAGGAUUAUUUUCUGUUAUCUGCACUUCGGAUUUAAAAUGUCAAGGUUUCUCUUAAAGUCUAUACAAGUCCUCUUAUCAUCAUUACCAAUUAGAACCAAGUGGGCUGGAUAUGAAGCUGCCGGAGGAGCAGCGGACCAGUUCAAAGAAUCACUUUUAGUUCAAAAUAAAUUAUGGAUGAAGAUGUUUCAUUGACAUCCGUUUGUAUGAUUUGGCCUGUUAUUAACAGGCUGCCUUCCCAGACAUGGAUUUUCUAUUUUUGUUUAGGAAUAAAUUGGAUCCAUGAACGGGGGAAGACCUGUGGGAUGUUAGAGCAGGUGAAACCAGUAAUUAACGCUGUCUCACUGUGUGAUUUGAUGGCUCUCUGUAGUCCUUGAAGCUUUUACCUGAAGCCUUUUGUAAUCUGUUAACUCUGAAACCAGCUCUCUUGGGGUCCAGACCCCGACAAAGGCUGCACUCAGAUAAAGCACAGAAUGUAUCAAAUGUCUCAAAUAUUUUCUUUUUUUUCUUCUUUUUGCCAAAUCUUUAAGUUUCUGUCUGCCAUAUUCUGCCUAAGCUCAUGUUUACAGAAGGUUGUACAAAUUAUGUUGUUUUUCUUUUCAUUUUUUUCUCAACCCAGUUUGAAUUCCUUUGACUCCGGAGUUAUGACGACUGGACCGCUGUUCUUGAAUUAAUGUCUCAGCUCUCAUUGGCUCUGCACCACUCACAUGACUAUUUCUGCUCACCAAUAGGAAACUCAACUCAUAGCGACAACAAGAGCAGUAUUUUAAACCUCAUACAGCAUGUACAUUGUCAUAUCCAACAUCGCAGUACUUGGUUCCAGUGUAGUGUAAGUUACAGUAAAAACAGGCUUCAUACAGAGCAGAGAUGGUCAUGGUGGACUGAGAGGCAGCAUCACUGUUUUUCAUGUCAGGUGUGUCUGUUGUGACUUAAUGCACCUUUUAAAGAGAGGCAGGAAUACAAUAAAAGGUUGAUUGAUAGUGUUUUUUAAAAAUGGAAUAAAAUGUGUGCACUCAUUAAUGGAAGGCACUUUGGAAAAAAGCAUUCAGGAAAUGUCAACGGAAUAAUGUGACAUUUUGAGGAAAAUUCAUUAGAAAUGUGGAAAUUAUGAAUCACUUUUCUGAUUUGAAUGUUCUUUUGUAGUCUGUAGUCGUUCACUUUUUAUUUAAGCUAAUUACAAGAUGAAUGAACUUCAGCACACAUCAGAAGUCUUGAUUACAGCACUUGCAAUUAGAAUUCAAAGUCUUCAUGAUUUUUUACAUUUAAAUAACGAUUACUUUGGGAGCAUACAAAUCAUACAAACCAUCAAAAAAUUAUAUUUUCCCAUCUGUUUAACUGUAAUCACAGAACAUUUACAUCUUUCAACAGACAUUGUUUAACCUAUGAUGGUCUGGUGGCAUGCAUUUGGCCUGAGAGCCCAUUAUUAUGAAACCAGAAGUCAGAAAAACUUCUUUAUGGCCUGAAAGCCCUUAAUAUGACGGCUUUUAUCCCAAAAAACAAAAAUGUAGUUUCUUUUCACUAAGUUCACAGAAUAGUUGUUAAAGUAAAAUAUCAGCUAAAAUGGAAAGCCUUUCUUCCAGAGUGAUUCAAAUUCAAAUGUUAUGAUUAAUACUAUUAUUUCUAGAUUAUCUGUUCAAUUGAGCAAUAUGUGAAGGAGACUGGAAAGUAGUAAGGCAUCUCCAGAAUAUGUAUUUUUUUUAUUUUUGACAUUUUUUUAACAAUUGGGUUUCAGAAUAAUGGUCAUUAAGAUGAUGUGCAGUCCCUGAUGAUAUAUGGGAAAUGAUAUUUGAUAGAGGCCAUUAGAAACAUAAAUACUUGAUAAUACACAAUAUGAGAUUUAUAUAUAAAAUAUGACCAUUAUUUCCUAGACAUGUGGAUUGAAUCACACCAUGCAAGCUGUUGAGAAAGACUCCAGGUAGGGCAAAACAAUGUAUCUAUAUUUUAUGGAAAUUUCAAUAUGGACUCGUGCAAUUUCUGAAUAGAAGGAGCUGCAAUAAAGCUAAUAAACUUAUUUCCUCAAAUGUCUUUUAUUCCUCUGAUUUUACAAACAGUAAGCUGCACAUAUUGACUUCCAUGCUGUGUACCUCGCUACCAGUAAAUAACACAGGACAGUUUGAGGAUUUGGUCACAAACAGUGAUGUUGCCCUCUCAAAGUUCCCCUGCGUUGAAGCUGGUGUCCUCGCUGUUGUAUUAAAUAUGUAGUUCCUCUAACUGUGUAACUGUUGAUAAAGGGUUUUAAAAAGGCAUUUUCCACACUGAGUGUACAGCACUAACUGUACCAGAGACACACAAACUGUCUCGAGGCUGAAAACAGCCUUAAUCUGACAUUAGUUAAAAAGUAAAUCUCAAGGAUUCAGUCCUGUUUUCUGGACUGAGUCAGUUCUCAUAAAAC